AUGGUUUCGGAUUUCAACUAUUCUACACAUAUGUUAAAUCUAUUCAAUAAAUUAAAUAGUAAAUCACCACAAGAUGAAUCAACAAAACUUCAAAAACAACUAUAUGAACAAAUUAUAGUGGAUUCAAAGUGCAAAUCAUUAUUUGAAGUCAAAAGAAAUUACAAUCAUAUUUUUUAUAAAGAUAAAAAUAGGGAUAAAGAUAAAGAUAAAGAUGAAAAUGAAAAUAAAGUGGUUAAUGCAUAUGGUGAAAGUAUUCUUGGUGACAAUGGUGAUAAUAUUGAUAAUAGUGAUAAUAGUGAUAAUAGUGAUAAUGGUGAUAAUGGCGAUGAUCUAAAUGGUGGAAACAUAUUUGAAAUCAAUCAAUCAUUAUUUUCAAUGGUAUUCGAUCAACUUCAUGAUAAUAAAUUUAGAACAGAUUAUGAUAAUCAAUUAUUAAUUGAUUCAUUUAAAAAUCAAUUAAAUUUUUUACUUCCAAAUAAUAAUCUAAAUAAUAAUCCAAAUAACAAUAAAAAUAAUAAUAAAAACAAUUUUAGUAAUAGUAGUAUUAGUAAUAAUAGGUCAAUUGUACAAUCACAAACAAUUUCUGAUAUUGGAUAUGUACCGCGCCAACAACAACCACAACAACAACCACAACAACAACAACCACCACAAUCGUCAAGAAAAAGAAAAUUAGAAUCAGAAUCAUCAACCUCAUCUCUCAAAAAACAAAGAAAUCCAUUCAAAAAAAACAAACUUAGAAUGGAAUCAUCCUCGCCACUCGAGAAACAAAAAGUCUCCAAAUUUAUUUAG